AUGGGACUACUGAUACGUGAGACGAAAGACAUUCAAGGCGUCAGUCAGUCAAGUAGCACCAACCAGCAGGAAGAGUACAAAGCUGCGACAAUGUUGUAG